ACGCGCCUCCCGGAAGUGGAGCUCCGGGGGGCGUCUCCCACCUCUGCGCGGGGGCGGGUGGGCCGGUUUGUUUGGGGAGGCGGCGGGAGCGAGGAACCCGAUGCGGGCGAACGGGGCCGGAGAUGGCUUCGGCAGGCGGCGGCGACUGCGAGGGCGCCGCGCCCGAGACGGACCGUCCUCACCAGCGGCCCUUCCUAAUCGGGGUGAGCGGCGGCACGGCGAGCGGAAAGUCAACUGUGUGUGAGAAGAUCAUGGAGCUGCUGGGACAGAACGAAGUGGACCACCGCCAGCGGAAGUUGGUUAUCCUGAGCCAAGACAGCUUCUAUAAGGUUCUGACCCCAGAACAGAAGGCCAAGGCCUUGAAGGGACAGUACAAUUUUGAUCACCCAGAUGCUUUUGAUAAUGAUUUGAUGCACAGGACUCUGAAAAACAUUGUGGAGGGGAGAACUGUCGAGGUCCCAACCUAUGAUUUUGUGACCCACUCGAGGCUGCCGGAGACCACCGUGGUUUACCCUGCGGACGUGGUCCUGUUUGAGGGCAUCUUGGUGUUCUACAGCCAGGAGAUCCGGGACAUGUUCCACCUGCGCCUCUUUGUGGACACUGACUCCGACGUCAGGCUGUCGAGAAGAGUGCUCCGAGAUGUGCACCGCGGGCGGGACCUGGAGCAGAUUCUGACCCAGUACACCACCUUUGUGAAGCCAGCCUUCGAGGAGUUCUGCCUCCCGGUACCUGCCGUCUGCAUCCUUGGGAAUGCCUGUCCUCCCUUUUCAGAAGGACACGUGGCGCCCGGUCUGAGAGCGCUGACUCAGGAAUGGAGAAUUUCAUUUGUUAGAGCCCAGCCCCCAGGGAGCAGUUCUCAGCUCCACGUGUUCUCUGUGCUUGCCCCUCCUCUGCCUAGAAAAGCCCUAGUUCCCGUGUCUACACCGGCUCCCUGCCUCCUGCUUCAGGCCUUCACCCAGGUCACCUGCCUUCCCAGCAUGACCCCGAAGGCCCUCCACUCCCGCCUGUCUGAUUUCUGUCUUUCCAGGGCACUUGUGGUCGUCCGACCAGUGCUGUCUUUUGCCUACCUCCCCUCACAGUGAUAAACUCCACGAAGACAGAGAUUUUUGUCUUCCCUCCAAAAAUGGUAUCUGGCACGUAGUAGGUGCUUAGUGACUUCAUCCACCCCAUGUGUUUCUCUGCGCUGCUUCUGGCCGGCACUCUGAGGUCCAGCUGGCUUGCAGAGAGAAGGAAUUCACAUGUUGUGUGGCCGUCUCCCCCCAUCUCACAUUUCUAACUAGAUGGGACUUGUGGCUCUACUCAAAUUGGAGCUUUUUAAAGGGAAGUUGAACAAUAUUUUGCCUCUUGAAGGUAAAAAUCCAGCACAAAAGAACUGGAACCAGGAUUUCUGCUUUGGAUGAGUAGGACGAAUGAGUUUUAUCUGCUGCUAUUUAAAGAAAACAUUUUUAUUUUACGUUCUCAAGUUUCUGGGAAAUAAUUAGAAGAGUAAAUUGACCAUUUCAGUCUUUCUCUUAUUUACAGAAAGACAUUUGGCAAAGUAGGUAGUUUGCAGUAAAACUUUGGACUCCAAAUCUGACCCGGUGAGCCUGUGUGGAGGCCGCACUGUCCUCGCCCUGAGCGCCGUCCUUGAACUCCCUCCCCCUCCCUUUUGCGUGCGCCCACGUUGCUGGCUGAGCCGAGCACGUCCGUCCCCCAUCCCUGCAGUUAAGACCCUCCUCAGCCCUUCUCUGGGCUCCAUCUCCUGCCCCGCUCAGCCCACUGUCUGCACCCCACCCCAGUGAGCAAGCCCAGUGCAGGCCAGCCCUGGCGCUCUUGUGCUCAAGUCUUUUGUGGGUCUCCACUGCCUGCAGACACAGCUGUCCCCAGGACUCAGUCCCUACCCCCUCCGUGGCUUGUCUCCUGUGACAUGCCUCCUUGGCCUGCAUCCACAUGCCAGCAGCACCAAAUGGUUCACGGGUCUGUCCCUUGGGCAGACCAUUUCCUCCUGCUCCUCCCUCCGCUUUGCCCGAUUCAGGUCUGUUCCCCCCCAGCAGCAUCUGUGUGGGGCCCCUUCUCGGCAGCCCUGCACCUCCUGGUGUCUCUCUCUGCUUGCCCCUAGCCAGGAGAGUACCUGACGGAGUCUGUUCCUCAGCGCGGGAGCAUGCGAUGGGUGGUGAACAAACGAAUGGGAGCAGGGCCUGCAGGGGUCCUUGCCUGCGG